AUGCCUCCGCGGCCUCCCCUCAACCUUCCUGCAGGCUCCUACUACCCGCCCAACGAUGCCGCAACCCACCUGGACUUGCUACUUUUUGAGGAAAGGCUCAAGACGAACGCUGCAACGCUGAAUAGCCGGAAACGACGGUACCAACUCUUCCUUGGGCAGCUGUUGCUCAUCAUCGGCUUCCUGCUCUGUGAGGUCCUUCUCCAGACGAACUGGCUUGGCGUCCCGUACAAAUGGGUUCUGCAUAAGGUCCUCCCGGAGAUAUAUCCCGAAGACGCGGACGUGAGAGUCCACCCCUACUUCGCCUCGGGCCUGCUGUUCGUGAGCGUGACGACCCUCGUGCUGUUCUUCGCGAGUGGGAUGUACUCGGAGAAGAUCGGCUACGCGAAUAAAUACGUCCCGCACGCGAACCGUGCCCUGAGGAACUUCAAUAUGUACCUCAAUAUGCGUCAGCCCCCAUUGCGCUCUAAGCUCCCCUUCAACCCCUUCGCAUUCCUUUUUGCCCGCCCACAAUUGCCACCGACGUCGCCCACGUCGCCAACCUCCCCGCAUCCUUCACGUCGGCGAAGCCCAUCACCAUCUUCAGGAGCGAGCAGACGCAGCUCGUCCGUGCCCAUCCCGCCCAUUCCGCCGGCGUCGAACCCACGAGGGGAGUUGAUCUUCUCGUCUCGUGUGGACCGCAGCUUCCGCGAGUCGUACGAUCGGUACCGCGCGCAGUUCGAGAGACGAAGAGAGGAGAGGGAGCGCGCGGCGUACAGCCAGACGUGGCGCGGCUGGCUGCACCUGAUGAUGCCGUGGAUGCGCAAGGCGCACACCGCAGCGGGCGCGCUCGAGAAGGGCACCGGGUCUGGGAGUGCGACUCCGGUCGGAAGCAUAAGGGGCGUGCCUGGGAGAGGGAGAGGGACGGCGAGUCCUGGCGGAUCGAGGAGAUCGAGUCCUGUCCCGGGCUCAACCCGGAGCGGGAGGAGGCAUCCGUUGGCGUUGGAGACGGUUAGGGGAGAGGAUGCCUGA